AGCCGGAGGUCAGGCCUGCGCGGGCAGGUGCGGUCAAGUGGGGUCGCAGCGUGCAGGUGCGGUCAGGCGCAGGUCUGAGGGACGCAGGGCUGCUAUAUCUGCGAGGGGGAGGCGGCCCCGGCGGGACUGUCCGGCGAGGCAGUGAGCGGCACUGUGCCACGCGGCCCGCCUGCCUCCCACCCGCACUCCGCCUCGUCCUGGCAUCGCGUCGCUCUCGCGCUCCCGCGGCCUCGCGCGAUCUUUCGCCGCUCCGCCGUCGUCUCCUGCGGGACCCGAGUGAGGCCAUCCAAGUGAGGGAUUCUGGCUCCGAAAAGCGUGUCAGAGCGAAUUACAGAAACGGAAAGGUCCAAGAGAAAACACUGGAAAGUUAUGACCAUAGACGAAAGUAUCGAAAAAUAUUAUCUAAGUGAUGCUAAAAGCAUCGUUUGAUAUACAAAAGAAAUAAAAAUCAUUCAGAAAGUGUGGGAUCUGGUGCUAAAAAGUGUGACUUAGAGUAGGAUUUGCUCCUAGUGAAGUGUUCCUAAGCCUUCGCCACACACGAGGCGGGCUCUGAGAACUCGCUUUGAAGAUCGGAUUCGGACGAGGCGCGGAGUAGCUGUGUCACUCGCUAAGGAUGAUAGGGAUAAAAAAAGAAAUAUAAGAUGCAAUGAAGUGAACUAAAAGUGACGAUCAUAAUUAACAUUAUAGCAUGAUAUCUGCUUAGACAUUAACACAAAAAACACAGGAUUAAAAAAGAAAGAAAGAAAGAGAAAAAAACGAAAAAGAAAAGAUAAGAUUAAGACGAACAAACAAACAAACAUAAAAUCCUUCUUAUGAGACUAUCGGCUGUUGAAAAAAAAAAAAUAUAUAUAUAAAAGAAAAUUAUUAUAAGUAUCAUCAGAAGUAUUCUCCUCGAGGUUUUUGAAGCGUGAAUUCUGAUCUGGUGAAGCGAGAGAAGAAAGUGAAGUAAGGACGGCCCGGGUCAAGACAGUCCCAUUCGCCGCCGCCUGCGCCGCCGUCGUGAUAAUUAGGAAGGCUCAUUAAGGCUUCUUAGCAGAUAAAAGGCUACCGCAUCGCCGCUGCCUCACCCCGCGUGCCCUUCCGCAGGCGCGCCAUGGGCUGAAGAGGAGAGGCCGCAGUUCGGAGUCGCGACGAUGACGAGGCGCAGGGACGACUUGCUGAGCGUCGAAGGAGCACGAGUCGCAGAGGCUCAUCGAGAGGAGCGAUUCACAGCCUGAUUCCCUCGCGACCUUUCAGAACGCGGACGAAGAAGAAAAUGUAUAAGCCAGAAGAGCACAGCAUCGAGUCUCCCCUUCGCAGCGCCUUCAGGAAGAGUGAAGGCUGAGACCCUGAAGUGAAGCGCCAGGCUGCGGCACCAGGAUGGCCCGCAUGGCCUGGUGGCGGGCGGUGAUCGUGGGCAUGGUGGCGCUGCUCCUGGUGGCUGCCGACGCUCAGGCCAUGAAGCAGAAGAGGAGGAAGACGGCCCUCAUGUCAGGGGAUAUCCUCAUCGGCGCUCUCUUCAGCGUGCAUCACCAGCCGAAGAAGAAGACGGCGUUCACCCUCACGUGCGGGAAGAUCCGAGAGCAGUACGGCAUCCAGCGCGUGGAGGCGGCUUUCCUGGCCAUCGACAACAUCAACGCCGACCCGCGGCUGCUGCCCAACAUCACCCUCGGCGUCGAAAUCCGGGACUCGUGCUGGUACUCGUCCAUCGCCCUCGAGCAGAGCAUAGAGUUCAUCCGCGACGCCCUGGCCGCCCCCGAAGGCAGCAGCAACAGCACCGAAAACGACAGCUGUAAAUCUACGGCAACGAGCAAGAAUCUGGUGGGCGUGGUCGGGCCGGGCUCCUCUGACGUCACGAUUCAGGUGCAAAAUCUGAUGCAGCUGUUCCAGAUCCCUCAGGUGGGAUACUCGGCGACCUCGCUUGACCUGAGCGAUAAGUCCCGUUUCUCGUACUUCAUGAGGGUCGUCCCUUCUGAUUACUACCAGGCUCAGGUCAUGAUCGACAUCGUUCGACACUACAACUGGACUUAUGUCUCGGCAGUUCACACGGACGGUAACUACGGGCAGAGUGGCAUGACAGCCUUCAGGGAGCUGGCGGAACAGAGCAACAUCUGCAUAGCCAAGGAGGACUCUGUGUUGAGUAACGCGGAGGACGAGGCUUUUGAUAAGGUGAUCCAGCAGCUGCAGGAGGACCAGCGAGCCAACGUGGUGGUCUGUUUCUGCGAGGGCAUGACCGUGAGGAACCUCCUGUUGGCGGCGCAGAGGAACAAUGUCACUUCAAGGUUCCUCUUCCUCGGCAGCGACGGGUGGGCGGACCGCUCGGACGUGGUGGCCGGGCUGGAGGAGACGGCUGUGGGCGGCCUCUCCAUCAAAAUCCAGAGCUCGUACGUGGAGCAGUUCGACGACUACUAUUUCAAACUCCACCCGGACACCAACACGAGGAAUCCGUGGUUCAAGGAGUUCUGGCAGAGCAGGUUCAACUGUUCUCUGCCGGGCGUCCAGGAGUCCGAUGACACGAAUCUGCCACCGUGUUUGGGUUCCGAAUCCCUAAGAAAGGGUUAUAAGCAAGAUACCAAGAUGGCGUUCGUGAUGAAGGCAAUCUACACCAUGGCCUGGGGCCUUCACAACAUGCAGCGCGACCUGUGCCACGGGAUGUCGGGAUUAUGCAACGCUAUGGUGCCAAUCAACGGCUCUCUCUACAGGGAUUACCUCAUGAAUGUAACAUUCUCCAGCAUGAAUGAGACUGUGAGUUUCGACUCUCACGGAGACCCGCCUGGCAGGUACAACAUCAUGAACUACCAGCGGCUGGAGAACGGCAGCUUCGACUACGUGCGCGUCGGGACCUGGGACAACGGGAGCCUGAUUGUGCACGAGGACAAGGUCGUGUUCAACUUUCCCGACCGCCAGCCGCCGACGUCCGUGUGCUCUGUGCCUUGCAACUACGAUCAGUAUAAGAGUUUCGUGGAGAUGGGCGACGGCACGCAGCAGUGCUGCUGGUUAUGCAUCGCUUGCCAUCAGGACGAGUACCUGAAGAACGAGACUGCCUGCGAGAAGUGUGAGCCAGGCUAUUGGCCCAACAUCAACAAGUCAGGGUGCGAGGCCAUCCCAGUUGAACAUGUGAUGUGGAGCGAUGCCGAGUCCAUCGUGGCACUGUGCUUGGCAUCGCUCGGCGGCCUGGCUACGUGCUUUACAAUGGUCGUCUUUAUCAGAUAUAACCAUACUCCUGUUGUCAAGGCCUCGACGCGAGAGCUCUCCUACAUCAUCUUCGUGGGCAUGAUGGUCUCCUACUGCGCGACCAUCCCUCUCCUCGCACGCCCCUCGCCCCUCUCGUGCGCCGUGUCCAGAAUCCUUCCCGGCCUCUCCUUCUCGAUGAUCUACGCCGCCCUGGUCACCAAGACGAACCGCAUCGCCAGAAUCCUCGCAGGGAAUAAGAAGAUUCUCACGAGGAAACCCCGGUUCAUGUCCGCUACGGCGCAGGUUGUUAUCACAUGCAUCCUCAUCAGCAUCGAGGUCGGAAUUAUAACCACGAUGUUGAUUCUGGACAAACCUGACGUCAAGCACACCUAUCCUGGGCAAAGAGAGGUAAAGUUAGUAUGCAACACGUUGCCUCGGGGGAUCAUGGCGCCCAUGGGUUGGGAUUUCUUCCUGAUUGCAAUGUGCACCGUCUAUGCAGUCAAGACGAGGAACCUGCCGGAGAAUUUCAACGAAGCUAAAUUCAUAGGGUUCUCUAUGUACACCACUUGCGUCAUCUGGAUGGCGUGGGUGCCGAUAUACUUCGGCAGUGACCACAAAAUCAUUUGCAUGAGCGUGUGCACUUCCCUCAGCGCUCUCGUCACCCUCGUGCUGCUAUUUUUCCCCAAAAUUUACAUAAUUCUCUUCAGACCCGAGAAGAACGACCGGUCCGCGUUCAAGACGACGACGACUGUGCGCUGCCACAUCGGCUCGGGGAACAAGGCCAGUCUGUCGCGCACGACGGAGCGGUCUCCCAGCGCGGCCGUCGAGAGCAUGUAUGUGGGAUCCGCGAUGCUGGGCAUUGGCCAACCGCAGCUGUCACUGAUGCAGCGGAUUCGGUCGACGCUGGGCAUGCCCUUCCUUCCUCCCGUGGGCAUCCUGCCGGGGGAGGCUCACCCUCGCAGCCUGCUCAGGAGAGAGAUUAGCGUGUGGAGUGACGUCAGCGGCAGCGGCGGGCAAGCGGGAGGCAACGCUGUCAAUCAGAACAGAGAUAUUAUGUUGCGAAAGGCGUAUGGAUCCCAGCUUGACCUCGCUGGAAUGGAAGGCUGGCGAGAGGAGAGGAGCUGCCAAACCACGGACGAUCUCCUGGACCCGCUCAUCCCACGCUUGCGCCGGCGGGUGGCUCGGGCCGUCAGGGAGAAUGAGUUGGAAGUCGCCGAAGGGAGAGAGUUCUUCAGCCUCACCCACAGCUGGAUGACUUCUCAGGCUGAAGCUGCUCGGAGUGUUCGAAACAGACACGAUAGUCAGGGCACAGACGAAGAACGCCCCAUAACCACGACCAUCAUUAGAGAAGACCUCCAGACACGGGCAGUCGCCAAAGAGGAUCCAAGGGAAAGUCCUCGUCAGGAGAAAGAGAAAAGCGUAAGCCAACCUGAGGAAAAGUCGGGCACUGAGGAGAAAACCGGGGCUCCUCGAGAAACGGAAGAUCCCCCAUGUAACAAAGGGGGAGAGUCUCCUGCAGCGGGCGAGGGUGAGAAGCACAGUGAGGGCGCCAGUCAGGAUGAGAGUGGGGGCGCGUCCCAGCAGAGUCCUGAACAUGGUUCGGCCCAGGAAGUGAGGGAAGUGAGUCCUCUGCCUAAAGACAAAUCCAGUGUGCUUUUAAACAAAGUGGUGGAGGAGGAGGAGGAAGAAGACUGUUGCGACCCGGUUUUGCAACAAAAGUGUUCGGCUGUAGGCAAAGACUAUACUGUUCUGAGAGAAUGCAGCACUGAACCCCAGAUUGGAGAUUUCAUUGGGUAUGGGUCUCUAAUGCCCUGUAGCCCGUCGUGGAAAAGACAGAGAUCAGUUAGUUGUGACAACAGCAUCAUCUACAAGAAAAACAGAGUUCGGCCUUUCGACCAAGCAACGCAAACGGACAGGUGUCCCGACAGUCAAGGCUGGAUACCAAACGGUGACCCAAGCAAUAGUUUAGUGUUAGUAAAAGCGAGCAGUGUGAAUGAUAAUGCUCAUCGGAAACGAAAGGUCGGAAUAUCUGCUAAAGUUUCAGACGUUCGGGGAAUCCUCAAGACAGUAUCCUUCUCGCCUGCAGAGAAGGAGAACAGGGUCUCCUUCAACUCGGUCGUGUGCGGCAGGAACCUUUCGAGAGGAGAUGAGCUGAUCUCUCAGGAGUCGUCGGACGAAGACACGGAAUGCGACAGCCAGGAGAGAGUGCGUUACGUGACGUAUAGAAACCCAGUGUAUGCUGAGGUCGCGUCGGGUGACGUUUCGUCGAGAAUACGCGAGGAAACUCUUAGUGCCGAUAGUGAUAUAUCAGAUAACUGUGAACUAAAGUCAAUUAUUAUUAAGUUGGGUUGUGAAGAGGAUGAACCUGACGCAGCUGAAAAAACAAAGUCAGGAAAGAAUGGGAACAUCAUCAACUGGAGACCCAAACUUGGAAAAAAUCAUAAACUCCUUUCACAGAGUUCAGACAUGUAUGAGUACGACACUCCUUCUGCUACUGAAGACGAAGAGAGUGUGAUAGAAUAUCCACGCUCCGGCUUUUCGAACAGCCUUGACGUCAAGGAAUCGGAGAAGGAGGAUCCAGACUGUUGCAAAAGGUAUUCCAGGGACAAUGAGCUCGUGAUACUGGACUUGUUGCAUAACACGUUUGUGCCAAAAUACCAGGGCUCACAGAUCAGCCCCGAUCUCGACAGCCCUCAGUGCUCGAGUGCCGCUACGCCUCCGUCUGUGUGCGGGGGCACUCCGGGGCACCUGAGCCCUGUUUCUCAGUCACACUUCACUAUCACUCCACCUGAAUAUUACAGAAAUUCCCCGACUAAGCAUGCCAGUCCUCCGGAGUCGUCGUGCAGCAGUUCACAGGGCUACGGCUCCCCUCAGCACCCAUGCCGGCAGGACGCCUGGAGUUGGGAGGCGUCGGAGGCCCAGCCCGAAGCCGGCACGGAGGAGCUGACUCCGACGGCCUCACCUCGCCCUGAGUCCUCCCCUGUGGUCGCUUCCCGGGGUUCCCAUUACAAUCCAGUGUGUUGUCCCGACGAGGACGAUCCCAUGGCCAAGCCCCCGGGGCACGGGGCACGAGGGGCUAUAGACCCUCGCCUGGCCAGACAUGACACAGACGACGACACGGACGAAAGCACGACCCCGCUCGAAGAAUUUUUCCGAACUCACGGGGUGAAGUUUGAUACGACCUCAAACAGGCCGAAAAAAUUAUGAGAGGUUUCUCUGCACCACGAGAUAAGGAAUAAAGACUGUUGCAAGUAUUACAAAUCUAUGCCUAAUUACAGCUGAUCAUAGGAGAUGAAAUGUUUUAUUACGAAUCUGACAUGUUUUUCUUCUUCAUAUAUAUACGUAUAUAUGAUUUGCUCAAUAUGAUUGUCGUUCCAAACGUAUGUUCUCUGUGUAUAUUGCUGUACCGUAUUUGUAAAGUAUGACAUAUCA